AUAUAUAUGCAUACGUGGGAGUGGAUACAAAAUAAACCAGUAACAAAUUAAAUUUCCACAACAAGAAAAAAUGGACAUGGCGAUGAUGAGCACAACAACAUGGGUUCGCACAGCAGUAGCCUUUGUAGUCAUUGUUGCAUCAGCCAUAAUAGUAUCUCAUCUCUUUGAACACACAACGAAAAAGGAAGUAAAGACUGUCAAUACGAAGAAGAAGAAGAGGUUGGUGCCCCCAGGUCCUAGAGGGCUCCCAGUUAUAGGGCACCUCCACCUGAUAGGGCAAAACCCUCACAAGGAUUUGCAAAAGCUGUCGCAAACCCACGGCCCCAUCAUGCGUCUCCGGUUCGGCACGGUCGACACCGUCGUGGCUUCCUCGUCGCAUGCGGCGCGGCUCUUCCUCAAAACAAACGACCUCAACUUCACCAACAGAGCAUCGCAGCAGCUUGGGGACAUCCUCUCGUACGACAGCAAGGAUGUUGUGUUUGGGGACUACAGCCCCAUUUGGUGCGAAAUGAGGAAGCUCUACGCCGUGGAGCUCCUCAGCAGCCAGAAGGUGAACUCUUUCGAGCCCUUGAGAAGACAAGAGUUGUGUCUUCUCAUAGAGUCUCUCAAAAAACAAUGUCCUGUGGCUGUGGUUGGGGAGGGGGUGGUGGACUUGAGUGCCACGUUGGCGUCCAUGAACCUUAACCUCACGUGCAGGAUGUUGUUUGGGAAGAAGUACGAGGAGUGGGACGUUGUUGGCGACGACGGGAAGGGGUUCAAGGCCGCCAUUGAUGAGGUCAUUCAUUUGGCGGGUGCCACCAACCUUGGGGACUAUUUCCCUGUCUUGUCUGGACUUGAUGUCCAAGGGCUGUGCCGAAGGGCCAAAGUGGUUAAGAAUGUGUAUGACCAAUUCUUUGAGAGGGUCCUUGUCGACCGUGAAAACCACAAAAGAGAUGAACGUGACGACGCCGCCGCCUCAAGAGACUUCGUUGAUAUCCUUUUGGGCAUUUUGAUAAAUAAGGAAACUAAUUCCUUUGAGUUCACACGUGAACAUGUCAAAUCCAUGAUGUUGGACUUGCUCAUAGGUGCAAUGGACACAUCUUCAACGGUGGUUGUGUGGGCGAUGUCAGAACUCAUAAAGAACCCAACAAAAAUGAAGAGGUUGAAGGAGGAACUAGAGAGGCAAGUGGGACUUCAUAGAAUGGUAGAUGAGAAGGAUUUGGAGCACUUGAAAUAUUUAGAAAUGGUGAUAAAAGAGACCUUAAGGUUGCACCCCACUGCACCACUAUUAAUCCCUCGUGCUGCCAUCGAAGACUGCACGGUCGGCGACUUUCACGUGCCGAAGAACACCAAAGUCAUCAUAAAUGUUUGGGCAAUCGGGCGAGACCCGAACGUGUGGAGCGACGCCGAGGAGUUCAUGCCGGAGAGGUUUGAGGGAAGCAAUGUGGACUAUAGGGGUCGGCAUUUUGAGCUGCUCCCGUUUGGUUCGGGCAGGCGAGGGUGUCCCGGUUUGCAGCUUGGGGUGACCAUGGUUCGCCUUAUGCUUGCACAGUUGGUGCACUGCUUUGAUUGGGAUCUUCCAAAGGCUGCGCUGCCCGCACAUGACUUGGACAUGACUGAGAAAUAUGGUUUGGUUAUGAAUCGAGCCCACAACUUGAUGCUAGUCCCUACUUAUAAGUUACUUGUUUAAUUUGUAUGGACGUGGGUGCAGCUAGCUAGACAUCUUUCAUUUAUUUAUAUGCACCCACUUUUUUUAUAUACUCCCUACUCCUAAAUAAGGAAGCAAAUAAAUUUAGAUCUGGCAAAUCAGUGGGUCAGGUCGAGUUCGGGUUACAUCGAAUUCAGGCAAGUUCGGGUUCGAAUUGAGAAAAUACAUGUUCACGAUUCAGUGUCAUCG